UUUUCUUUCCCAGGAAGCCACUUGUCAAAUGUGGCUUCAGAGGUGGCAACAACACCCAUAGGGACCUUGCUGGAUGCUGGAGAUUAUCCUGCAAAUUCGAGCGACUACUCCUACGAGUAUUUGGACGAGGCAGAUUACAUGCUGUACAGCCCGUGCACAAAGGAAAAAGUACUAUCCUUUGUCAGAGUUUUCUUGCCAGCAUUUUACACUGUGGUUUUCCUGGUCGGUUUGGUUGGGAAUGGCCUCCUGUUCAUCGUCCUGAUUAUGUACAUCAGGAAGAAAAAGAAGAUGAUAGAGGUCUACCUGCUGAACCUGGUGGUUUCAGACUUCCUUCUCCUACUAACCCUUCCUCUUUGGGCCCUACAUAUUUCUCAGUGGAUGACCUCGUUGUGCCCACUCUUAAACACCAUGUACACUGUGAAUUUCUACAGUGGUGUCUUUUUUGUGAGCUGCAUGAGUCUGGACAUGUAUCUGCGGAUAGUCCAUGCUUGCUCUCCUAAUAACUCAAUGACACAGAGGAAGUCCGUCCUUAUUUUGUCAAUGGUUUGGAUUAUUUCCAUACUUCUCUCUGUUCCUGAUGGCAUCUUCACUGACGUCAAGCGCAUCCACAACACAACUGUCAUGUGCACUCAUGAUUAUGGUCAGAAACACCUAUUUUGGAAAGUCAUUUUUCAGGCCAUCCAAAACAUCCUCGGCUUCCUUAUUCCAUUCCUCUUCAUGUUGUUCUGCUAUUCCCGUAUAGUGUGCGUCCUCACCACUUCACCCAUCCCUGGAUCAAGAAGAGCACUCGGCUUAGUCUUUAUUCUAGUGGGUGUUUUCUUUCUUCUGUGGUCCCCUUACAACAUUGUCCUCAUCCUUCACUCCCUGCAAGACGUCGGUGUGAUCAGAAACUGUGAAACGGGCAGGCAGUUGGACUAUGCCAUGCAGAUUACGGAGAGUUUGUCCUUAAUCCAUUGCUGCCUCAACCCUUUGCUCUAUGCUUUUGUGAAGAAAAGAUUUAGGUUGUAUUUAUGGAAGAUCCCUAGGGCCAUUAUGAGAAGAAGUGGUUUCCUUGAGAUCCAGCUUUCAGAAACAAGUCACUCUUGUAGCAGAUACGCUGCUCAGAUAGAGAUGUUGAGUACCACAAAUGCGUGA